GAGUGGAAAUUUACAGCUGCUCUCCACUGCAAGCCAUUGAUGAUGUGCAGAUAGUCCAGGGGAUGCUGGCUAGUCAUCAGAGGCACAAGGAAGCUGCGUUCAUGCUGUAUUGCUGGACACGCAAGAAAUGGUUAACAGCUGGGGAUAUGUAAUCUGACUGUCUUCCGUCUUUAGUCUCUGAACUGUAUCCUUAACAAAAUUGGCUGGAAAAUUUCUAAGACACGAUAAGACUGUAGCACGCAGCAGAAAAACAUGAAAAAAAUGCCGCUAUUCAGUAAAUCACACAAGAAUCCUGCAGAAAUCGUAAAAACUCUGAAGGAAAAUAUGACGUUACUGGAAAAGCAGGACAAGAAGACAGAAAAGGCCUCUGAGGAGGUUUCCAAAUCCCUCCAAGCCACAAAGGAAAUUUUAUGUGGUACAGGAGAAAAGGAGCCUCAGACGGAGCCGGUGGCACAGCUAGCGCAAGAAUUGUACAACAGUGGCUUGUUGGUGACAUUGAUAGCUAACCUGCACCUCAUAGACUUUGAGGGUAAGAAGGAUGUGUCUCAGAUAUUCAACAACAUCUUGAGAAGACAGAUUGGCACUCGAAGCCCCACUGUGGAGUAUAUUAGUUCCCAUCAACACAUACUCUUUAUACUGCUAAAAGGGUAUGAAUCCCCUCAAGUGGCUUUGCAUUGUGGGAUAAUGCUUCGGGAAUGUGUCCGUCAUGAACCGCUGGCCAAAACCGUCCUUUACUCUGAACAGUUUGGGGACUUCUUUAAAUAUGUAGAGAUGUCAACAUUCGACAUAGCUUCGGAUGCCUUUGCUACAUUUAAGGACUUGCUAACAAGGCACAAGCUGACAGUAGCUGAAUUCCUAGAACAGAACUAUGAUACAAUAUUUAAUGACUAUGAAAAGCUUCUACACUCUGAGAACUAUGUGACAAAAAGACAGUCAUUGAAGUUGCUGGGUGAGCUAAUCCUUGACCGGCAUAACUUUUCCAUCAUGACAAAGUACAUCAGUAAACCAGAAAACCUGAAGCUUAUGAUGAAUCUGCUCAGAGAUAAGAGCCCCAACAUUCAGUUUGAAGCGUUUCAUGUCUUUAAGGUAUUUGUAGCGAAUCCAAACAAAACACAGCCAAUUGUGGAUAUCCUGUUAAAAAACCAGACCAAGUUAAUUGAGUUCCUGAGCAGCUUCCAGAAGGAGAGGACAGAUGAUGAACAGUUCUCUGAUGAAAAGAACUACUUGAUCAAACAGAUACGAGACUUGAAAAAACCCACCCCAUGAAGAUCUCCGACUGUGCAUCUACCAUCGAUCAUCUGAAUCAAGUGUUUUAAGGAUUGGUCAUCAUGGCAUUGUCAGUGCCUAUGUCUUUGUUUCAGUUUAGUUUAUUAGCUGCCAAGAGUAUAAAGGUUUUAUAUUAAAACUUUAAAAAAAAAUUGUUUUUCUUAAUCAGGUCUGUGGGGAUGUGAAAUUUGCAGUUGGGGGUGCAAGGGGUCAGUCACUGUAAGUAGGGGCUGCUACUGCUGAUGUUGAUUUGACUUGAGCACUCAUUUGGUUUAUAAGUCUGGAGAUUUCUCUUUAACUUUUCCCAACUUGUAGUUGUAGAGAAGAUGGAGGUUAUCUUCUCAGCCUUCUUGUACUGGUUUCUAGAAACGGAUCAUGCCGCAAUUUUCCUUUUCUCUAGCAAAAACCCCCCAGAUCUAUAGCACUUUGUCCGAAAUGGCUCCUCUAUUGGAGGGGGUAAAAUGUAUGUAAUUCAAAGAUUGUUUUAUGGAGGUCCACUUGUACUUGGCGACCUAAUAAAUUCCUAUGAGUGAUAUAGCCUAUUAUUCUAGGCCACUUUCUUCAUUUGUCACCUGCCGCACAGGCAUCGAAGCGUUUGUCUCUAGAGUCCUCUCGCAUCCAGCAUAUGUGCAUGAAUGUCUUAACUUGUCAUUGUGAAAUGAUUGUCAAGACAAUGACAGCUUUUGUAUACACCAAAGGGCACGAUAGUAACUGCAUUUUCAUGAUACCACAGGCAUAUUCUUUCAAUAACUUCUUAUUAGUAGCUGAGUGGAUGACACUGUUAUAGAAUAUACAUUUAACACCAUCUCUGGUAUAGGAAGACCCUCCUAUUGCAAAACACAAUUGGUGGGGGAAUUAGGCUAAGAUCAUAGUUGUGCUGCGGACCAUCAUAUGUAUAAUAUGUAGGAGCGAUGUCUUCUGGUGCAUUAUGUGGACACUGUACCCUAAUACUGUCUAGAAUACAUAAAUUAUAUUAGAUCCAUAUAUAUAUUUGGACACUGACACAAUUUUCAUCAUUUUGGCACUACAGCCACAAUGGAGAUGAAAUUUAAAUGCAGAUUUUCAGCUUUAAUUGAAACAGAAUGUACCAAACGGUUCAUUUGGCCACACCUAAGGUUGCCAAGUUUGACCUUAUGUUGUGGAUUCACAGCAACAGAUUCCAAAUGCAAAUGCCACACUUGGAAUCAACUCCAGACCUUUUGCCUACUUAAUUAAUAAAUAAAUAAAUAACGAAGGAAUAGCCAGACCUUUCCAUGAAACAGCUUUUGGGUCAAUUGUCCAAUUACUUUUCGGCCCUUGAAAAUGAGGGAGCUACAUUUUUUACAGCUAUAAUUCCUAAACCUUUCCUCUAAUUUGGAUGUGAUUAUCCUCAAAUUAAAGGUAACAGUCUGCACUUUAAAACCAUAUUCAUUAUAUAACUGUAACAUGUUUUGGUAAACGGCUAAAAUAUCAAAAAAACGCAUCAGUGUCCAAAUAUAUAUAGACCUAACUGUAUACUUCUAUAGUUUGGUGUUAUCCGUUCAGUGACCAUUAGGAAAAAUUGUAUAUUAUAAUUAAUAUACACCCCCUAUGUCAAUUAUGCCUCAUGCCUUUCAUAUGGUAAAAUUAUAGUCUUUCUGAUUCAUAAUAUUGUACUAAUUUGUAUUAAACAGUUUAUUACAAUAAAUGCAGUCGGCUGAGGGAUGAGUGGAAUAAACCCAGUUUUGUUCUAUUACUGUUGUUCCAAUUGUAAAGUGCAACGGAAUAUGCUGCGCCAUAUAAUAAACUAAACGUGCAAAUUUUAAUGAACACCAUAAAGAUCAGACCUCAGACCACUGCAAUUGAUAAUCUCCAGCAGUCAGAGAUCUGAUGUAAAUGUGUCCUUAUACAAUAUACAUACAUAUAAACUGUUUCAGAUUACGUUUCUGCCUUGUGUAUUACCUGUCAGUCACUUAUAAUAUGUAAAGGAACCAGCGGCUGAGGCGGAGAUCUAGCAAUGAUGUUACCGCGUACAUUGCCCAGCUGUGACUGGCCCUUGUCUUUCCCCGUCUCUGUGUGAAGUGAUGUCUCGGUGAGCAUAGCAUUCGCCCUGGAGGUGGCUGCCUGCGCAUCAUAUUCAAAACUGUUCUAUAACUCUGCACGUUAUUGGGGUGAUAAAAGCAUAAGGCGUAAACCAAGUUCUUGUUUUCUAUUUUUAUAUCAAGUGGGUAAUGAAGUUGGCUCUGUAAAGGAAUUCUUUUAUUAAUAUAAUUUUAAUAUAUUCUUGGUCUAUCUUGUUAUGAUUUUUAUUUGUCCUUUUGAUGUGCUUGACUAUCUUUCCUCUGCAGAGAUACUGCAGCCUUAUGGGUACCAGGAACUAUACAGUGCUAAUUGGCACCCUAUUUAAUAACUGGUUAUGGGUGUGUGCACUGCAUGAAAAAAAUAAUCUGAUGAGAUAAUACACUGUCAUACAUUUCUUGUCACACUGAAAAUACAGAUGUGAUCUCGUACAUCUAGUCCUGUAUUGUGAGAUGCCUGGCGGGGGAGUGAGCCGUGAGGUCUCAUGCCACUCUGCUUGCAUCUAGCAUAUUUUUCGGAAGAAUAUGCAUCUUAGUUGCAAUGCAAUGCCACUAAGAUGCACCAGGAGACUGUACUGAUUAAGUUGAUUUCUGUGUGUGACUGAGUCUGUUUAUGAAGCGCAACAGAACUUUGCAUGGAAAAAAGCUGCUGCAUUGUAGCACUUCGUAUACAGAUUAAGAGACUCAAGGGGUAGCCAAUUAACAAUUACCAAUGCGAAUUGUCCCGCCGGGGGCUAUCCAAUUAGCCCUGAUAAACCGGCAUGAGCCGUGGCUUAUCAGGGAUUUUGUUUCGCCUGCCUCAGACAGGCGAAACCAAAUUGCUGUUUCUAUCGAAAACACACAGGUUUCACUGAGCCUGUGUGUUUUCAAAAGAGAAAGUAUUUUUUUUUGCAGGUGACCAAAUUGGAUAGCCUGGUAAAACAUCGUGAAAAAACAUGAAAAACGUUAAUUUUUCACGCCUGAUGUUUCUUAACCUCUAAUUGGAUACCCCUCUCAGUCGCACACAGACAUACAAGUGUCGCAUAUCAAACUGAUCAUCACAUUCUCCUGGGGCAUUUAAGUGGCAUCGCAUUGCAUUUAAGACACAUUUUCGGGUAAGAAGAUGCUCGGCAUGCAGUCUCACAGCACCUGGCGCACAGAGAAGGGGCCGUUUGCCGCGACUGCAGUAACAAUGGUAUGAGGACGCAUCUGCAUGAGAUUGUGUAAAAGUCAGCAGAUAUAACGCUAAAAACCUCAAGUUUAUAUAAACUGAGGAACAUAGGCAAGUGUAUGGGUGUUGUAUACUUGUGUGAGUUGUAUUCUUAUUGCUUCAGUCCCAACAUAACCAGGAAUUCUUGUACAGGGAUUUGUGUGUGAGAUAAUCAGAUAGAUAGUAAUGUGUUCAUACAGCUGUCUGCACUACAUAUAGCAGUGGUGUAACUAAAAUGAUACUUAAGUCAGGGCCCGAGAAAUAUGAGUAAGAAGCAUUGUGGUUUGUCAUGUAGACAUUGGGGAAAACGACUGCAUUAUUGUAGUACUGCUGCCAUUGAAAUUUGGAUGGUCUUAUGUAACGGGUUAAGCUUGCCUUGUUGGUGCUUUCUGGUAGCAUCAGGAGGGCAAGAACCAAGCAACCUUGAGCCCCUGGUAUAUAUUUGUAUAUUCAGCAGAGCCAAACCUAAUGGGCUCUAAUUAGGGUGUCAGUGCUGUUACUCCUGUUGCUACACCAUUGACAUAUUCUGCUGAUGUGUUAUUUAGCUAUGAUCCCAGAGCUCCUAUGUAUGAACCUUUAACCAUACAAAAGUAAAGCAAACUGCUUACUGUAGCAAAAUAACAGUCUAUACUUCUAAUGCUCCCAUCCUUAAUAGGCUCCAUGACCAGGUGCCACAAGUAGCGAGUAUUACAUUAUACAAAGUAGAAGUAACAUUUAGAUUAGAUUGGCAUUGUGGCCUAUAGGAAAUGAAAGAUUACGUUUUGGGGGUCACGUGUUACAUUAUCAGAUGUUUUGGCACAUGUAUAGAUAGAGGUAUGACUUUUGGGCCUUGUAGGACUGUCACUGAUUGGAGCGUGCAGUGUAAUUACAUGAUGGAGAUGGUGUUACUUAUUGAAUGCAUUGAUGUACCCUGAAGAUUGAAUUAUAAAGUGUAUCUGUUGCCUUAACUCAGUGGAGGCAGGAAUUUUGUGAUGGAGAAUAUCCCUGAGAAUAGGGCCUGUGCGGUAACUAGGGUCCAAUAUCCCUGAGAAUAGGGCCUGUGCGGUAACUAGGGUCCAGAUAUAUGCCAUAGUGAUAAGAAAACCUAAGCACUCCUUGACAAGAUGCUGCAGUGCACAAGGGCAGAGACUGUUGGACUUUUUAAAUUAGACUGAAGAGGACAUUUGGGGUAUAAUCCCCUAAUCACAGUAGAAUGUAUAAGAGGUUCUGUUUAAUGGAUCCUCAUGAUUUUUUUAGGACAAGUGAAGUAAUCUGAGUUUAUCCAGGAGCCUGGAGUUGGAAAGUACUGACAUUUUUUUCUUCCUUUUCGAUGUGACUUGAUGAGCUACUUGUUCUUGCACCAGGAUCCAUUCAGGAUACUGGCAGUCUGAAUACCAACACCGGCAUCCUGACAUGGAUUGAAAGGCUGGUGCCGGAAUCCCGAUCAAGCUCUACCGGGGAGAGUUGGGGUCAGGCUGUGGGAAGGGAUGGUAAACCUUCACUGGGAUGCCAGUGUUGGUCAUAUGACCUCCGGCAUCCCAUAUGUAUGCCCUUGCACUUAUUCUCAGUCAGUCAGAGGGGUGUGGUUUCACUACUUCUUAUUCAAUUGAUGAUAUUCUGCCCUUUCUGGAACAACUGGAGGCAAUUCCAUUAAAUAUUAUGGCAGUGAAAUAUCAGAGAAUCCUGGUACCUCGCAGCCACCAACGUCUCACAUUGUAUCUCAUAGAGGUGCAGAGUAAAAUGUGCAAUGUAGGAGUACUGUCAUUCUCUGUGAUGUGCUCACGUGGGCAAGAAUUAUAUUGCUGCCAUUGAUUUAGCCUACAAAAUGACUUCCUCCACUGAUCGUAGUCAAUAGGCACACUGAGGAGGAUAAAACACCUUACGUAUGGAUAUAUUGUACCAUUUUUCAUAGUGUGAUGUAAUUCUAAAAUGACACGUUCACCCUGCUUAGUGCUCUGUAGAAAUGGUCUCUGCUAAUGAUACCUGCAGUGCAGUGUGACCCUGCAAUGUUUUCUAAUGGCAGCGACAGCAGAGACUUCCACACGUUUCUCCUGACAUUGAUUGUUAAGUGAUGAUCGUCCGACAUACACCAUAACGCAUCCCUAUGUAAAUGGAGAAACCUUUACAGCAAUCUCGGAUUUUGCGACUUUAAACCUCUGCACUUUGUAUUGCAAUGUAACAACCCUUUUACACAAAUGUGAGAGGUCUGUACUGCAUACAGAUCUACCUUCUGCGCCUUAGAAAAGGGAUGAAACCUAAUAAAUAUUUGCUUAUUUAAACUAUUGUGUGUAUAAAAUAAAUGUAUAUCAUCAGUUUGUACUUAUAAGAUUAUAUUUACAAAACAUUAAAGGCACGGUUACUGAU